AUGAACGAGAAGAUCUUUUGGUAUCUGACUCUGUUAUUCCUAUUUAACCUGGCAAGUUCAUUGCCAGUGGAGGAUAAACUGAGCAUCAAGAGAGUGUUCCAGAAGAGGGCCGUGGACAUCACCCCGUUUGCUCACUACCCAAGACCUGAAGGUUGUUCAAGUCCACCAAAUGCAGUAAGCGUGGGUUUGCACAUGGACCUUUACAACUACCCUUACUUGUACGUGAAGAAUCCAAGAACUGGAUUCACUAACGAUACAGAUAGUGAUGCUGACGGCGAGACUGAUGGCGAUUCUGCGGGCGGAAUCGAAGGCAGAGCCGGUCAAUGUUGGAACCCAGAGUAUCAGGACCCCAACUUCCCACGUUAUGGUUACAAAAAGUACGGCUCCUUUGGCUCUAGUGAUCAUGUUAAUGGUAAAAUCUCUUGGGACCACAAUGAAUUUAAAGAGGGAUGUAAGCCAAUCAUGGCCCGGCUACCUACUGCUUAUAAUUAUCCUGCCAAAAUAACUUUCUCGAAUUUUACUAUGGUUCUAUCCGGCUACUUCAAGCCUAAGUCUACCGGACUCUAUAAAUUUGAAAUUCAUGCUGAUGACUUUAUCCUGUUCAACUUUGGUUCUAAGAAUGCUUUUGAAUGUUGUAACAGAGAAGAGUCCAUUGAUAAUUUUGGUCCAUAUGUUGCAUACGCCAUGUGGCCUAAUGAGGCUGACCAAGAAUUGGAAGUGUACUUGUUCGAGGAUUCAUAUUAUCCUAUCAGGUUGUUUUACAACAACAGAGACUAUCAUUCGAAAUUCAUGGUUGGGUUCUAUCCACCCAAUACAGAGGAGAUUACAUAUGACUUUGAUGGUUACUUAUAUAUGCUCGAUGAUACCGGUAAUGAAUGUAAGGACUCUAUCAGAUACAAGACUGUCUGUGAUGAUGAUGUCGUUGAUGACACUACUUUUAGUACACAAUACAGUACGAUCAUGGAACCAGGUGGAGGUACAGAAGUCAUAACUAUCUAUUACAUCAGGAUGAAAUGUGAAGAAGAAGAUUGCAUUGGUCAGUGGGACCCAAUUAAUAAUAUCUGCUACACCCCCGAAGAUUGCGCUAAUGAUGGUGGUUACUGGAAUGGUGACAUGUGUGAUCAAAGCUGUAAAAUGGAAGGGGGUAUAGUUAAUCCCGAUACUGGAGAUUGUGACAAAUCUUGUAUCGAAUCCGGCGGUUUCUUGGAUGAAAAUGGCAACUGUGAUACAACCUGUAGAGACGAUGGUGGUAUGCUAGUCGAGGGGCAGUGUGAUUAUCAGUGUAAGGAAGCAGGUGGUAUUCUAGUAGGAGACCACUGUGACACUACAUGUGUUGACUCUGGUGGUAAACUCAACGAAGAUGGUACAUGUGACCAUAGCUGUAGAGACCAAGGAGGUCAACUGGACGAGAGCGGCGAAUGUGACACUAGUUGUAAGGACAGUGGCGGCAUGUUGAUUGAAGGCGAAUGUGAUACCAGCUGUAAAGACGAAGGUGGUCAGUUGGACGAAAAUAAUGAAUGCGAUACCCACUGUAAGGAUCAGGGUGGUAUUAUAGACGAGAAUGGCAACUGUGAUACGAGCUGUAAAGAUUCUGGCGGUAAGUUAGAUGAAAACGGCGCGUGUGACACUAGUUGCAGAGAUGACGGCGGUAUUAUUGAUGAGAAUGGCAACUGUAAUACCACAUGCAGAGAUGAUGGUGGUAUAAUAGUUGGUGAUCACUGUGACACCAGUUGUAGAGAUGCAGGUGGUAUUCUAAUAGAAGAUCAUUGUGACACUACCUGUCGUGACUCUGGUGGUAAACUCAACGAAGAUGGUACUUGUGACCAUAGCUGUAGGGACCAAGGAGGUCAACUGGAUGAGAACGGUAAAUGUGACUAUAGUUGUAAAAAUGGCGGUGGUAAGUUGGAUGAAGACGGUAAUUGUGAUAUGUCCUGUAAAGAGAACGGCGGUAAGUUGGAUGAGAACGGCGAUUGUGACUUGAGCUGUAAAGAAGAUGGUGGUAAGUUGGAUGAAGACGGUAAUUGUGAUUAUAGUUGUAAAGAAGAAGGAGGUAUCAUAGAUGAAAGUGGUAACUGUAACACCACGUGUAAAGAUUCGGGCGGUCAAAUUAUCGACGGCGAGUGUAAUUAUGGAUGCAAAGAAGUUGGUGGUGUUGUUAUUGAUGGAGAGUGUGACACUAGCUGUGUUGAUUCUGGUGGCAUCUUAGAUGGAGACGGUAAUUGCGACCGUAGCUGUAUUGAAUCAGGAGGCGUUCUAGAAGAUGGUGCAUGUAACACUACCUGUCGUGACUCUGGUGGUAAACUAAACGUUGAUGGUACGUGUGAUACCAGUUGUAGAGACGAUGGUGGUAUGUUAGUAGGAGACGAGUGUGAUUAUCAGUGUAAGGAAGCAGGUGGUAUUCUAGUAGGAGACCACUGUGACACUACAUGUGUUGACUCUGGUGGUAAACUCAACGAAGAUGGUACAUGUGACCAUAGCUGUAGAGACCAAGGAGGUCAACUGGACGAGAGCGGCGAAUGUGACACUAGUUGUAAGGACAGUGGCGGCAUGUUGAUUGAAGGUGAAUGUGAUACCAGCUGUAAAGACGAAGGUGGUCAGUUGGACGAAAAUAAUGAAUGCGAUACCCACUGUAAGGAUCAGGGUGGUAUUAUAGACGAGAAUGGCAACUGUGAUACGAGCUGUAAAGAUUCUGGCGGUAAGUUAGAUGAAAACGGCGCGUGUGACACUAGUUGCAGAGAUGACGGCGGUAUUAUUGAUGAGAAUGGCAACUGUAAUACCACAUGCAGAGAUGAUGGUGGUAUAAUAGUUGGUGAUCACUGUGACACCAGUUGUAGAGAUGCAGGUGGUAUUCUAAUAGAAGAUCAUUGUGACACUACCUGUCGUGACUCUGGUGGUAAACUCAACGAAGAUGGUACAUGUGACCAUAGCUGUAGGGACCAAGGAGGUCAACUGGAUGAGAACGGUGAUUGUGACACUAGUUGCAUAGAUGCAGGUGGUGUACUGGAGAAUGGUGAGUGUGUUUUCCCUCCUACAUCGUCUUCCACCUCUGAAACAUCCUCGACAACCGAUCAGUCUUCUUCGCAGUCUGAUGAUAGUAGUGUGGAAAGUUCAUCCACCCCGAUGGAUAGUUCCACCAUUGAGAGUUCAUCCUCUGAGAUCAUAACAUCCGAAUCUGAAAGUGAAAGUGUGCCUAUUGCUAGUUCAUCAUCUGAGGUUAUGACCUCUGAAUCGGAAAGUGAGAGUAUACCCAUUUUAACUUCAUCUUCUCAAAUACCUAUUGCAAGUUCGUCUUCUGAAGAAGUAACAUCAGAAUCUGAAAGUGAAACUGUGCCUAUUUUAACUUCAUCUUCAAAGAUCAUAUCUUCUGAGUCAGGAAGUCAAAGUGUGCCUAUUUCAAGUUCAUCUUCUGAGAUUGUAACUAGUCAAUCAGAAAGUAAUAUUCCAUCUCCAAACCCAGAACCUAGAACGACCACUAUUACAACAAUAAUUACAGAAGAUGGUCAAAUAAUAACCAUAACUACAACAGUUACCGGAUUUGUUCCCGAACCAACAGGGGAAAGUGAAGGUAAUGGGGAGUCUGAUGAUGAGAAUCCCGAGAACCGAAUUGAAAAUAAUUCGGACGAAAAUGAAUUCGUAGAUCCAGAAUUUGCUGAUGAUAUUCCAGAUGAUCCGGCUGGUCCUGAAGAUAAUGGUGGUAAUGACCCAGUAAACCCUGAACAGGACAACAAUAAUGGUCCAGCUAAUCCAGGACAAGAUAGCACCAAUGGCUCUGGUAACUCUGAUCAAAUCGACAACAAUCCACCUACUCCUGAGGAAAAUGCCGGUGAUGGCAAUUCCAAUGGUAACGAUCCAGCAGACCCCUCCAGAAGAACCUCUAUCCUAGGUGAUGAACGUACUAGAGCGUCACCAGGAGGUACCUCUCAGCCUACUGGUGCUAAUGGCAACGUCAAUGGUAACAGUCCAGGCGCCAAUGUCAACGGAGGUGGUACAGGAAACUCCAACAACAAUAAUAACAAUAACAAUAACAAUGGUAAUGCACCAAAUGGAGGUGAUGGAAGUAAUGGAGAUGCCAACCAAGGCCCUUCCAGAAGAACCUCACUUCUCGGUGAUGAGCGUACAAGAGCAGGCCAAGCGGCCCCUACUGGAGGAUCCUCGCCAAACAACGGUGUUGCGGGAGAUACGAGCAACAAUGGAGGAGCGAUUGUGUCGCAGCAAGUGGAUGACGGUGGAGCAGGCUCUCCUAGAAGAACGUCGAUAUUGGGCGACGUGAGAUCAAGAACAACGCUGAAUGGAGAGGUUUUGAACUUCGAGGGCAGUGGUGUGAGACGGGCAGUUGCUGGCAACCUAGCCCUGCCACUGAUGAUGGUUGGCCUGGUAUUCAACUUGUGA